GCAUCCCAACAACACACACACACACAAACGAUGCCAAACGUGGGACCUGUGGGCGUCAUCACGGCGAAUCGCAUUGACGGGGCUUAAGCGAGCGCAAUAGGCUUACUUUAUAUAAUGAAGUCCCUUGCGAGCCGCCCGCCCGCCCGCACGCCCCAAAACCAGUCCCUGGCGACACCAAAGCGAGUCGUCGACGUGAUGGGAAGUCUACCGGAGCCUACCUAACAAACCAAAGGCACCGCCAACACUCCGCGCCGCUGCCGCUGCUGCUGCGCAGGCCAGCCGCACCGCGCGCCGGCGCACCACGGACCCGUGGAGACCCCCACGGAUGUGUAGAGACCCCCACGGAUGUGUAGAGACCCCCACGGACGCGCUGCUGCAUAUUGACCCAUAGAACUACGCACGUAUAUAUAUUUUAAAAUUGUUGUUCCGAAUCGGAAAAGCGAAUAAAGAUGGGCAGCCAGAACCAGGACAGCGUCGAGCAAUUUUUGGACUCCAACCCGAACUUUGCGCAGGAAUACUUCAACAGGAAGCUGCGCCCGGGGUUGAUUUCGGCCAUGUGCGACGAACGGACGACCACCGCAGCGCACUCGUACGUGGACAUCUCCAAGGUGGAGGAGAGUGAGAUCCUCUUCGACCUGGUGUCCAACAUGUCCGAGACCAUCAACAUGGAGAAGUGCAUGCACAAGUGCCUGCGCCACCUGGCUGGCCUCAUCGACGCCGACCGCUGCAGCCUCUUCAUGUACCGGCAGCGCAACGGCACGCCCGAGCUUGCCACCCGGCUCUUCGACGUCACCAGGACCUCGUCGCUCGAGGAGUGCCUGGUCCAGCCCGAGGCCGAGAUCGUGUUCCCGCUGGACUUGGGAGUGGUGGGACACGUGGCCCAGUUCAAGAAGACGGUGAACCACGACGUCAGCGAGGGCAAGCUGUUCAGCAACUUUGUGGACAAGCUGACGGGCUACACCACCAAGAACAUCCUGGCGACCCCGAUAAUGAACGGCAAAGACGUGGUCGCCGUCAUAAUGGCCGUGAACAAAGUGAACGGGACGGCGUUCACAGCGCUGGACACGGAAGUCUUCCUGAAAUACCUCAUCUUUGCCUCGGUCUGUUUGAAGACGUACUACCUCUCAUACAUGCACGCGUGCGAGACACGGAGGGGCCAGGUCUUGCUGUGGGCGGCCAGCAAGGUGUUCGAGGAGCUCACGGACAUCGAGCGACAGUUCCACAAGGCCAUGUACACCGUCCGCGGCUACCUCAACUGCGAGCGUUACUCCGUCGGUCUCUUGGACAUGACCAAGCAGAAGGAAUUUUUUGACGAGUGGGCCAUUCAAAUGGGCGAGGUGGCACCGUACAAAGGCCCCAAAACUCCGGACGGAAGGGAAAUUCACUUUUACAAGAUCAUUGACUACAUCCUCAUUGGCAAGGAAGAAAUCAAAGUCAUCCCAACUCCACCAGAUGACCACUGGGCCUUAGUCAGCGGCCUUCCAGUCUACGUGGCAGAGACUGGCUUUAUCUGCAACAUUAUGAACGCUCCUGCCGAUGAAAUGUUCAAGUUUUCUCUCAACCCCGUGGACGAAACGGGCUUCGUGAUGCGAAACGUCCUCUCGCUGCCCAUCGUCAACAAGAAGGAGGAGAUCGUGGGCGUCGCCACCUUCUUCAACCGCAAGGACGGCAAGCCCUUUGAUGAGUUUGACGAGAUGAUCAUGGAGGCUCUGACGCAGUUCCUGGGGUGGUCCGUGCUAAACACGGACACGUAUGACAAGAUGAACAAGAUUGAGUUCAGGAAGGACAUUGCCUUGGAGAUGCUGUUUUACCACAACAAGUGCACCAACACCGAGCUUCAGACCGUCAUAAAAAACAAAGAGAUCCUGAACAAGGAGAUUGAAAACUGCUCAGAAGCUGAACUCAAAAAGUUGGUCAAGCAGGAGCUGCCCGACCCCAAGGAGAUGGAACUUUACGAGUUCCACUUCAGCGAUCUCGAGGAGACCGAGUUCAACCUGGUGAAGGGAGGCAUGAGGAUUUUUUUCGAGCUGGGCGUCGUCGACAAAUUCAAGGUCCCGCCGGAGACACUGGUGCGUUGGAUGAUUACCGUCAGCAAGGGUUACCGCACUAUAACUUACCACAACUGGCGCCAUGGCUUCAACGUGGGCCAGACGAUGUUUACGCUGCUGAUGACGGGGAAGCUGAAGAAGUACUUCACGGACCUGGACGCCUUCGCCAUGGUGGCGGCGGCGUUUUGCCACGACAUCGACCACAGGGGAACCAAUAACCUCUACCAAAUGAAGUCUGCAGCUCCGCUCGCAAGGCUCCACGGGACGUCCAUCAUGGAGAGACAUCACCUGGACUACUCCAAAACCCUGCUCACCGACGAGUCUCUGAACAUCUUCCAGAACCUGAACCGUCGGCAGUACGAGACCGUCCUCCACCUCAUGGAAGUCGCCAUCAUCGCCACCGACCUGGCUCUUUAUUUCAAGAAGCGAGCGAUGUUUGUGAAGAUAGUGGAUCACUGCGAGACACUGGGGAACGAGGCUGAAGCCAUCAAGUACAUCACCUGCGACCCCACCAAGAAGGAGAUCAUCAUGGCGAUGAUGAUGACCGCCUGCGACCUGUCAGCCAUCACCAAGCCUUGGGAAGUGCAGAGCAAGGUAGCACUGCUGGUCGCCGCCGAGUUCUGGGAGCAGGGAGACCUGGAGCGCACGGUCCUGCAGCAGAACCCCAUCCCCAUGAUGGACAGAAACAAGGCAGUUGAACUUCCCAAGCUGCAGUGCGGUUUCAUCGAUUUCGUCUGCACCUUUGUGUACAAGGAAUUCUCGAGGUUCCACCCGGAGAUAACGCCCAUGUACGCCGGGCUGCAGAACAACCGCGUGCACUGGAAAGCGCUCGCGGACGAGUACGACGCAAAGUGCAAGCAGUUGGAGGAGGCGAAGCAGAAACAAACGGAGACCGUGCAAGGCAAAACGGUUACCAACGGCGGCUGUGAAGAACCCCCCAAGUCGAAGAGUUGCGUGAUCGUGUGAAACCGCCGAGGCGUCUCGCCGCCAACCUGCAACGAACUUAAUCUCCCAAACCUGCAGCAGUGUGUGCGUGUGUUUGUGCUUCACACUCUGCAGCUGUAGAAACAACCUCCCGUAAACCUUUGCUGCUUCAGGGGUGGGGAAGCUACAGCCCAAUAGACCAACUACGACCCAUGACUUCACGUCAUACUGCCCGCGGCCACGUGAAGCCUACCGUAUUCAAAACGGCCCGCAAAAAAAAUAUUUGUUCGCGUCAAUGAGGGCAUCUUAGCAGCACUAAAAUCGCGUACCAAAGGGGAAAAUCUUCAACCCGGUAACAACAACUGUGUGUCUAAGUUUCACGCGUGUAGGUCACCCAUAGUCUUGAACGAAUAAAUUUUAAGGUCGCACUAUUUACACACAUUAGUGCUUGCCACAAAUGAACCACGAUUACCUUGCCGAUCUCGUCAACGCACAUAAACCAUCAUUCAAACUCCAGUCAUCCUCGCAGCGGCUGUUGGAUAGUCAAACAAUAACGGUCACAGCACCGCGCGCUUUCAGAUGCGCUUCUGCGGAGCGUCUGGAAUGCUCUUCCUUCCGUUAUUAGGAAGCCACUGGAACCAUGCACUUUUAAAUCUAGAUUGAAAUCUCAUUUCUUCAAAACUCCUGUUCAUGUUUAGUUUGUUGUCCUUCCCCCACACCACCGAUUAGCACCUGUACCUAUGUAUGUGUUCAAUACACAUACAUAGGUACAGGUAGUUCUGGGCACACAGGUAAUGAGUUCAUUCCAAGCCUGAUCUGUGGCACGCCGAAGGUAAUUUGAAAAGACCUUAUUCCGCCGUCGGUAAGGAAAGGAUGCCUCAACCCCUGCUUUACUUAAUACACAUUAGCAAUGAGGUAACGGCAGCUGGGGAGGCACAUACGUAAUCAUCCGCUCUCCGAUAAAUUAAGCCAAUCUUGUUUAAUGGGUCACAAAUUCACGUUUCAAAUACUAAAAAUUUAAUGCGAUUCUAAGCUUGCAAGAGAGUGCACACUCACCGACAGCAGGACAUUUAUGGGAGUGCUUUUAAAGGGGCAAAGCAUGUAGUAGGGUCUUCUUCCAUUUGAUGUCGGUCGUCCGAUGUUAUUUCAAACUCCGUCAACAGCCGGCAUCUUUAUUUAAACAUACUCUUUGGUUCUUUUGGUAAAGUCACGUAGGUAGAAAAAUAAAAUAAGCAAAAAAUAAUAUAUCAUGACGUUUCAAUCGCAACACAAGCGGUCGUCCUCAGGCGGAAAAAAAUAAUC